AUGGCCGGCAGCGAGGCAGACGUCAACACUCAGAUCCGAGAUCUGCAGGCGCAGCUCGAGCAGCUGAAGGCGACAAAGCCCGGCCCCUCGGUCUUCGACACCUACCAGACCUCCCUGACGGGCCGGUACUGCAGCCCCGAGAUGGCUCGGCUCUUCAGCCAGCGCUCGCGUCACUCGACGUGGCGCAAGCUGUGGCUGGCCCUGGCCGAGAGCGAGCGCGAGCUCGGCAUCGAGACCAUCACCGCCGAAGCCCUGGAGCAGAUGGCCGCCCACCUCGAGGUCACCGACGCCGACUUCGAGAUCGCCCGCGUCGAGGAGAAGCGGCGUCGCCACGACGUCAUGGCCCACGUCCAUGCCUUCGGCGCCGUGGCCCCGGCCGCCGCCGGCAUCAUUCACCUGGGAGCCACGAGCUGCUACGUCACUGACAACGCCGAACUCAUCCUCAUGAGAGACGCGAUCGACCUCCUGCUCCCGAAGCUCGCUAAGGUCAUAUCCAACUUAGCUAAAUUUGCCCUCCAGUGGAAGGACACGCCGACGCUGGCUUACACCCACCUCCAACCAGCGCAGUUGAUUACCGUAGGCAAACGGGCGGCGCAGUGGGCCCAGGACCUCCUGUUCGACCUCGAGAGCUUCGAGCACGUCCGAAACGGUCUCAAAUUCCGAGGUGCUCAGGGCACUACCGGAACGCAGGCGUCGUUCCUGGAGAUCUUCGGCGGCGACGACGCCAAGUGCGACGAGCUGAACGCGCUGCUCUGCAAGAAGACUGGCUUCCCGGCCUGCUACGACGUCUCGACCCAGACGUACACGCGUAAGGUGGACCUGAUCGUCGCCAACGCCAUCGCGGGGCUCGGCCCGACAGCGCAGAAGAUCUGCGGCGACAUCCGCCACCUCGCGGCGUGGAAGGAGAUCGAGGAGCCGUUCGAGAAGGACCAGAUCGGGUCGUCGGCGAUGGCGUACAAGCGGAACCCGAUGCGCUCCGAGCGCGUCUACAGCCUCGCGCGGGAGCUGAUGUCGAAGCCGGCGAGCUUCGCGGCCACGCUCGCGGACCAGUGGCAGGAGCGGACGCUGGACGACAGCGCGAUCCGCCGGAUCGACAUCCCGGAGACGUUCCUGCUGGCGGACGCGAUCCUGCUCGGGCUCGACAACGUGACGAGCGGGCUGGUGGUGUACCCGCGGCGGGUGGCGGCGCGGGUGCAGGAGGAGCUGCCGUUCAUGAUCACGGAGACGGUGAUCGCGCGGCUCGUGGCGCGGGGCGAGUCGCGGCAGGAGGCGCACGAGCAGAUCCGCGUGCUGUCGCACCAGGCCGGCGCCGUGGUCAAGGACGAGGGCGGCGCCAACGACCUGGUCGCGCGCAUGAAGGCGGCGCCCUUCUUCGCCCCCGUGCGCGCCGACAUCGACGACAUGCUGCGCCCCGAGCUCUACGUCGGCCGCAGCGCCGCCAUCGUCGACCGCUUCUGCGGCCCCGCCGGCGUCCUCGCCGCCAAGCUCCGGCCCUACCAGGCCGCCAUCGACCGCGCCGCCACCGCCGAGCUCAACGUGUGA